GUUAAAUAUGAGUCUUAACCAAGGUGAACAAUUAGGAUUGAAAUUUCGGAAUCAACACUCAACGAAUUGAAAAUUUAAAAUCGUACUUGGGAAUGACAUCCGAAGACUGAAGAACCCGGUCAGUGAUAUCAACCAACUUCGUCAAAGCAUUCAGAAAUCUUAUGGGGAUGGUCUCAAUACUGACGAGCAGAAGUAUUAUUACUACGACUCUGAUGAUGAUAGAGUUGACAUUUCAGAUGAUGAAGACCUUGAAGAAGCUGUCGGUCGCUGCAAGAAGAAGAUCUUAAAAAUUUAUGUUGAAAAUUAUGACAUAAGAAAUGAUCCUUUCUUUCAAUCAAUUAGCCUUCCUCGCAGUGACAAGAACACAGGACCAAGUACUGAGAGUCAGAAUAUUGAAGCAAAAAUGUCUGAGUUAAUUUCUUCUGGAAAAAGUUACAACGAAAGCAUGGCCUCCUCUGUUGAGCACCCUCAACAAAAUAAUUUCGAAGAAUACAAGCGUGCUUUUGACUCUAUCCAAGAUACUAUUUCUUGAGAGGAAGAAUCUGAAGAAGAGUACGAACCUUCUUCUGGAGAAAUUCCACCAGAAAAGAUUGAACGAAAGGAUCAGGAGGUAAACCCUGAUGAAUUCCUAUGUCAAGAGAUGAAGAACUUCACCUCUUCCCUUGUCAAAGGCAAGCUACCACAAAGGAAGAACACAGAAACAGAUGAGAAGCAUGCCAAGCUUGAGGAGGAUAAGAAGGAGUUACGCUCUAACUCACUUCCAAGGAAUUCAGACCAACACAAAUUUAAUGAUCUGAGGCUUGAUGCCUCCUCUGGCCCUGGCAUCAGCAAGGAGCUUCAACAGCAUCUUGAGUCUGAAGAGUUCAGAGAGAUCAAGAAAGAGUGGCAGUUCCAAGUGAAAGCAGAGAAAUGAUACGACAAAGAAUAUGAUAGAAGAAGAUACACCGGAUUUGAUAGAGUUUACUCAAAAAUUAGAGUCGCCUCAGGAAACCAAGAGGAGAGGGCAAAACUUGCUACAGUUGAAACCUCUGAGACUAAAUUUAGCAACGAUGAUAUGAUCCUUUGUAAGAAAGGCUCACUCAUCUCAAAAUCUUGGAUUGUUAAAAACGUUGGAUGCACUAUUUGGCCGAAGAAUACAAGACUCAAGGUUGAUGGAAAACAUGAAGGAUUAGUAGUUCCUAUGAUAUUAGAUAGGCUAAACCCUGGUGAUAAAAUGAUUCUGACUGUGAACUACCAAAUCCCUGAAUAUUUUGAGGAAGAAAAUGACAUCCACUACAUCACACUUAACUUAAACAACAAACGCUUUGGUGAUUUUGGAAUGAAACUAAUCCUCUCCUUCAAUGUAGAUGACGAACUUUUUGAUCUAAAAUGCAAGAUAGAAGGAAGGCCAAAAUACAUCGAAAGAGUUAAAUUAUGUGAUUAAUAACAUAAUAUAAAUCGCUAAUAUCCC